CGCCGGCGGACGUUGUGGUGCCCACAGCUGGGAGUGCGUGCACCGCAGAGCAGCUAGGCGCAGCCCGGCCACCGCCAUGGUGCACACCCGGAACAGGCUGCCGCCCACCAGAUACGUGCGGUGCGGCAUGGUGACGGUGAGCGACGGCAAGAGCCGCCCGUCACCGAUGCGGCUGCACCUGUCCAUGGAGCUGCUGCGGCUGCAGCGCGAGGAGCCGGCCCGCAACAACCCCCGUGCCGCCCAGCUCUCGCCCACGCCGCUCGACUCCAGGGAGCGCAUCGUGAGCGUGACGAGGCAGAAGGUGGGCGGCCUGGGGCUCAGCAUCAAGGGCGGCGCCGAGCACAAGCUGCCCAUCCUCAUCUCGCGCAUCUUCAAGGACCAGGCCGCCGACCAGACGGGGCAGCUCUUCGUCGGCGACGCCAUCAUCAAAGUGAACGGGGAGUACAUCACAUCGUGCAAUCACGACGACGCAGUCAACAUCCUGCGCAACGCGGGAGACCUCGUCAUGCUGACCGUGAAGCACUACCGAGCCGCCACGCCGUUCCUCCAGAAGAGCUUGCACCGCGAGGAGUCGCCGCUGGACAACGAGAGCGCAAACCAGCUGCGCGCCGAGGACGGCUGGCGGUCGCGCUCGCCCAGCAGCGCCAGCGCCGGCAGCCAUAGCCGGCCCACCUCGGACUCCUACUCGCCCAACGGCUCGCAGCGCCGCUGGGUCGACGUCAUCACGGUUCCUCUAAUGAUGGCGUACGUUACUCGUUACAUAUUUGGUACGGACAAACUACGGCCUAACUCCUUCGAAGUACGAGGACUGAAUGGCGUCAGCACUGGUAUUAUACACUGCGAUGAUGCUGCCAUCCUAUCUCAAUGGUUGAAGUAUAUCACAGACAAUAUAGUUGGACUGACGAAUCUUCAGAUGAAACUUUACAACCGUAACUUCCCUGCCACAGAACGAAUUGAAUACAUGGGAUGGGUCAAUGAAGGAAUACUCAACAACAAUCAACCAUGGCAAAAUUACAAACCACGUUUCUUAACACUGAAAGGAACUGAUGUGUUGUUGUUUGACUCACCUCCACUGAAUAUUAUGGACUGGCUUAAAUGCAAGUUGGUAUUCAAAGUUUAUCAGACCAUGUUCAGAGUCAUAAAGGAUUCUGAAAAUGUAGAUGAGAGACAGCACUGUUUUUUAAUACAGACAUCAGGUCAUGAAUCCAGAUAUCUGUCUGUUGAAACAAGACAAGAACUGCUACGGAUUGAAAAUGCAUGGCAUUGCUCUGUUUGUGCUGCAGUUAUGAAAUUGGGGAGCAAAACUUUCACUGUGACGACUUGUGGGAAGACAGCUGGUCUGACAUUGGACUGGAACAUGGGAUUUGCCCUUUAUGACACAGAGUCCAAAACAUAUUCUUGGAAAUAUAAAUUUUCUCAGCUAAAAGGUUCCUCUGAUGAUGGCAAAUGCAAACUGAAGCUCCAUUUUCAGGACAGUGAAACAAAAAUGAUAGAAACAAAAGGUUGGAUAGAAAUUUAGAAGCAGAGUCACUGGAUUGCUAUUAAUCAAUGCAAACAUGGCAGUCCCUGCAAUAAUGUACUCAGGAAUAAUGUAGAUGGAAGAAUAUUGGUUCCUGCCUGGCAAAUCUGCUUGAUAAAAGUUUGUGUUGGGGUUUAAUAAUAAAUGUAUGUUGGCUACAGAAAGAAUGUAUUUGGAUGCAUAUUUAACUAAGAUUUUCAAGUUCAUUACGCGCAUAUGGAACUGAAAGCUUUCCAUAACUUUGAAGUGUGUGAUGAGACAUCUGCUUUUGUUAUGAAUGUAAGUGCUGACUCAUGAAACAAUCAUUGUGUUAAAUGUUUAUAAUAAAUUAAUUAUGUACAAAGAAUUUUUUAAGAUGAAGAUUUGUUAUAUUCUGUGUUUCAGGCAACUGUUUCAUGGCAACAGCACUUACAGAUAUAUAAAGCUGG